AUGUCUCAACCCCCUGGAUUUACUGAUGCAAGAUAUCCCAACCAUGUGUGCAAGAUUCACAAAGUCCUUUAUGGCCUUAAACAAACACCCCGGGCAUGGUUUGAGAAGCUUAGCUCAAAAUUGUUUGAACUCAAUUUUGUACCUUCCAAAUCUGAUACAUCUCUGUUUAUACGCAAUUUUGACGGCCAUAUUACUAUUAUCUUGGUGUAUGUGGAUGAUCUUAUUGUUACAGGAAGCUCUAAUGAGUUCAUUGCAAGCCUUGUUCUUCAAUUGUCUAAUGCAUUUGCUGUAAAAGAUCUUGGUAAGCUACAUUACUUUCUUGGUGUUGAGGUCCAUUAUCAACCUACUGGAUUGAUCCUUACUCAAUCACAAUACGUAGGAAAACUCCUUGAUCAUGCCAAUAUGGAUGGUGUAAAGCCAAUUGGUACACCUAUGGCCACAGGAUUUCAAUUGUCUCAAUAUGGGAGUUCAUCAUUUUUGGAUCCAUCAUUGUAUCGUAACUUGAUAGGAGCUCUUCAAUAUAUAACCAUCACGCGUCCAGAUGUGUCAUUAACUAUCAACAAAUUAUGUCAAUUCAUGCAUAAUCCUAUGGAUUUUAAUUUCACUGCUAUGAAAUGUUUGUUGCGCUAUUUAAAGGCAACUAUAAACUUCAGUUUGCAUUUAUGUUCCGCUAGCUCCUUACCACUUCAGGCCUUCACAGAUGUGGAUUGGCCUGGUUGCCCAGAUGAUCGGUGGCCUACCAAUGGUUAUUGUCUAUUUCUUGGAACCAAUUUAGUGUCAUGGAGCUCAAAAGAGCAGCGAGUGGUUGCACGAUCUAGUACCGAAGCUGAAUAUAGGGCCUUAGCUGCGACUACCGCCGAAGUUACCUGGCUACAACAUCUUCUUCAAGAGCUGCAUAAAUGGUUGAACGGGGACAAACUCAAAUCACUCCGAGUGGGAGUUCUCGAUGUUGAACAAAGAUACAAAGUGGAAGAGGAUGUCGUCGAAGGGCAUGUUCUCGAGGUCGUGAGAUCAUACGAAAUGAUAUCUCUAGGACGACACAAAAUCUGUUACGGAAUGAAGGGGCUAUACGAAGGGAAAGAGAGAAGAAAAUAA